GUACAAAGUCCUCUCGGACGAUAUUUAACUGUGAUUCUUAGCUUUUCUACAUAUAUUUUUACAUAUUGUUGUUGAGGAGGUGGACCUCGUCAUCUGUCAUGUUCUUUCUUGUCUUGAAUCUUCAGCCACCUCUCACCAAACCCCCUAGAGGACACAAGCAAGCAUCUUCUCAUCUCCCAUCGAACGCUUGCCUUCAAAAUCAAAACCAACCACAUACACACUCUCUCCUUCAGACUUCUGAAUAUCCACACUUUCCUCCUAUUUUAUUAAUUUUUUUAGAAGAAAACUAAUAUGGUGGUUUCUGAACUUUGGUAUGUUUCUCCGUUGUCCCGACUUCUCUGCCUCUGCCCGCCCCUUUCACGACGAGUAUCGAACCAGCCUGCGUUGCCGGUAAACUAUAGCCCGGGCACAAAGCAUGGGGACUAGGCAGAUAAUGGUGAUAUGGGAUCAUUUAUUACAUACAGGCUUUAAAGGGGUGGCUGCUAACAUUCCUCGUUACGUUUUUUAGUCCUGUCUACGCCGUACGUAUACCAGACGCGAAAAACGUGAAUAUGUCGCCGGGUAGGUUCCACUAACGUGGUGAUAGCCCUUUUUCGGUGCCAUGGGGUGUACCGCUGCCAUCGUUUUCACCUGUUUUGGCGCUAGCUAUGGAACCGCGAAAUCCGGUGUCGGUAUCUCAGCUAUGGGUGUCUUGAAACCUGACUUGGUUGUUAAGAGUAUGUCUUUGUGGAAUUUGAGCUUGUUCUCUGGGCUUAUGCCGGAUCUCGCUCCUGCAUGGGAGCAGGCAUCAUUGUUUGUUGGUGAUUAUAACCGCUGACAUGCAUGGCAUAGGCAUUGUGCCUGUUAUUAUGGCUGGUAUCAUUGGUAUCUAUGGUCUCGUCGUCUCCGUCCUGGUAUCUUCGGGUCUCAAACAGUCUCUCUCUCUCUACACUGGGUUCUUACAGCUUGGCGCUGGUCUUUCUGUCGGGCUUGCUGGUUUGGCAGCGGGUAAGACCCUGUUCCCAUUGUAACGCUCCUCCGAUUUGGCUCCUAACUUGUUUUCAGGAUUUGCCAUCGGCAUUGUCGGUGAUGCCGGUGUCCGUGGUACUGCUCAGCAGCCGAGACUCUUUGUUGGAAUGAUCUUGAUCUUGAUUUUCGCAGAAGUCUUGGGAUUGUACGGUUUAAUUGUAGCCUUGUUGUUGAACUCCGCUUCUGCAGAGGGCGUGUGCUAAGCGCUCGUGGUGAUGAAGACGGGGAUCUGCUGGGAAUGUCUGAUACGUGUGGAUCGUCGUAUGUCUGAGGCAGAAUGGUAGAUGUGAUCUUUUGGUACUCCUGUGUGGCGCAGUGUUUCGGCGUGUUUACAACAUGGGGAGGAAGGAAACGAAUAAUCUAUCUUAUCACAUGUUUUUCCGGAACCGGUUCUUUCUUCCUUUGGGGUUCAUCUGGCCUGGACAAAGAUUAUGGAGGUAAUGAGGAUCGAGGCUGUUAGUCUAUUUGUCUUAUUCCCUUGUUUUCGUUUGUGAAAAUAGUUGGGCACAUUUUUUUUUUUUUUUUUAGAUAACGUGAUUUUUCGUGUUAUUUUGCUU